CCGGCGGAAAAGUGGUAUGAUUCAUGCUUAAAUUUCCCCACGCUUGUUAGGUGGUUACUGUAGAGAGUUGUUCCACAUCGGUAAGGGAACAAGUUUGCUAUAUGCUUAUAUGGUUUUGAAUUACUUUUUAUAUUGCCAAUUGAUUUUACGAUGGAAUCCAAUUUCAUCAGUUAUCACCGGUACAAAGAAAACGUGAAAUAAUGCGAGAGAAGAUGGGACUUAUUAGCAAAGAGCGACAGCGUGAGAUUGAGAUGCUGAAGAAAGACAAGGGAAAAUUGGGCAUCCCAGAAAAACCAACAAUUAUUGGAACUCCUGGUUUGGAUUUGGUAUCACUAGGUUUGGUUGAUGUGGAGAGGAUUCCAGAAUAUAACCUGACUCUUGAAGACGGUCGAAAGCUUGCAAAGGAGUAUAGUAGGGCAUUGAUGAAGCGUCACCGUGCAAGGCAGGCAGCAGAGUCCACACUGUUGCGGUUGAAGAAGGAGGCGAUUGAGGCAUUGCCUGGACAUUUGAAAGCAGCAGCAUUGGUGCCAGAUCUUACUCCGUUCCCAGUAAACCGGUUCAUGACAACUCUGACUUCUCCAAUUGAAGGUUAUAUUGAGCGAGUUAAGGAAGCUGCAAGAAAGAACAGUGCGAAGGAGAAGCUCAGAUAAUUGAAGACGGAGUUAUGCUUGCGAGGUAGGAGAUCUUUUGUUAUCGGACCACUGUCAUUUACUGAAUUCAGAAGAGAGCUAAUAUUUGUGUUCAUGAAGUCAGCGUGUUGACGACGAAGCGAUGAAAAUUAGAUCUACUGCUUCUGUUCUGGUUAUUAGCAAUAACCUGUUUGAAUGCUCUCGGCAAUUCAAUGUCGGAUGAGUUUAGUAUUUUGACCGAAAUUGUUGAGUUUUACAUAGUUGCAUGGUUUCAUGAUCUAUAUAGAACGUAUGAGAAACUUUCUGGGCAAGUUCCAAGUCUUUCAAGAUUUGUGGAAGGUGUUAUGUCAGCAAUCCCUGACCCCCUAAAGAAAUUCUGCAUUGGCCGGUCCGGAAAGCAGUCAAUGAUGGCCUAAUGGGGUAUAAGGCUCGUUUGAGACUACUUUUGCAACACUUAUAUGCUCAUAAGCGUUUAUACACAAAGUGCUUUCAUUAAAAACAUGUAACUUGGAAGUCCUUGAAGAAGCGUUCGACAAGUGCUUCUUUAAAAAGUGCUUCUAUAACCUUAAAAUACUUCUAACUUGUUUUGUGCCUUUAGAUUAUCUAAAGAGU